AUGUUCCGCUUCUUAUACACUUUCGUCAUAAUCCACAUUCUGUGUGGGUGCCCGAAAACUAUAAGUAUGUUUUGUAAACCUAUCCCCUUAUUGUUAUAUAUCUAUAUUUUGUGAUAAUACGUUUUUCUGAUUCGAGCCAACAUUUUUUUAAAAACGUCCUAUGCGAUCGCCGAAUGGUUAUAACGUCCGGAUUGACUUUGCGGUACAUCAUCAUUUGAAAACAGAAUAUUUGAAAAACAAGUUAUAAGAAAUUCAAGCAUUUACAUAGGGCCAGUGCUAUCCGCUCUGCAAUUAUUUUACAUUUUGAGGAUAAGAUGGUGAUUAUUUUAUCGUUUACACUUAAUUGGCCAUGCAUCGGGUCCAAACAUAGAUUGAUGUAAGCGAAUGGCCUAACUGUAGGCGAGUGAAUGUAAUUGCGAUAUUAUUGAUGUUUACUUUAGAUGUCGUCGCAUCAAGCAUCCAGUAUAAUCUUCAAAUCAUGCAGUAAUGACUAAUCGGUCCAUAAAAAACAAAACCUCUUAUUAUUUGGCAACGGAAGUAUUCGUUCUUUCCUUGUCUACAUUACAUAACAUUCUCCCACUGCAUAAUUAUGGUCAACUUGAACCACUACUAAUAUCCCGAAGGAAUGCAUAAUACCUGUGACUUUUACUUAUUCAUAAGUUCUAAGAGUCUGACAAAAAUCAGCUACACGUCGAAAGCGGCAUAAAUUUAUUAGCCGGCUACCCCAGUUAAUAAUCAAUAAAAUCUAGUUAACCGAAAGCACCAAUUUACUGAAAAAUUGCGCUAAGGGGUCAAAUGCCGCGAUCUGCAGUAUGCACGUUUGAUAAGUAACAAUAAUUUAUACUAUUAUUUCUUCCGUCAUUGAGAGUAACUGAGUAAAUAAAAGGACAAAGGUAGUAAAACUUGAAAAGCCACUGUAGCAGAAAGUAAUUUGCUAUGUGAUUGUGUCUCUAGUCGACUGCUUGGCAUUUUUUUUUCGUUUGUACAUUACCAGUUACUUCCAACGCAAGGAUAAAGUAUAGUUCUGCAAUUCUGCUUAUUUGGAAACCAGCAUGUAUUCGUAGUUAGACGGCCUUAUGAUCAUUUGCAGAGAAACGUACAAAAAUGCCCAGGUUAACUACUCUGAAUACCAACAUUCCACAUUGGAUCCUAAAAAAAGCACAGCGUCUCUUUAUUCCAGAGUAACGCGGGACGCACAAUAAGAAACGUCAUUCUCAUUUGCAUUUCAUACUUCUUGUCAAAAAGUUCGUUAUUUGCAUCUAAGGAUGGUAGCAGUUAAAACCUUUUUAACGAUUAAAUUAAUAUUUUUCUUUAAACUAGCACUAGUCCAUAAUAACUCAAGCGAGACGGAUGCUAGAACUACGAAUUCGACCUUCCUUCGCGCCUCCUGGAAAUCAUUUCACAUGCUUGGCAAGAUUUCUCUCAGUACGCAGUCCGUGGACACUGUUUAUACUGGGCUCGUUUCGGCAGAUGCCUCAAGCCUUGUUCAACCCCGCGAUAACGCCAGAUCAGUAAGCAGCAAAACAGGUAAAUUCCGUUUUCGACUUGCAGAUAUUUUCAUGCACACGAAUUCGGGCAUUGCCAAAUGGUUAAGGCGUUCGUAUAGAUUGUUGAUGCGCAGAUGAUGGUUCAAACUGGACGGUGUCUCAAAUACUCGAACAAAAAAUAAUUCAGACAAAACAAGUUAAGCACAUAGCUAGCUUUUAGAGGACAUUGUGCAAUUAAUGGCUAUUCAUAAACUAAUAACUGCUGUUUAGUGGAGACACCGAUUGCACAUGUUCCAUUUUGUAGGAUUUCAGGGACUUCCUUCGAUCUCGCGCGUCGUAGUAUAAUUUUGCACUUAUCUAGAUUCGCUACACAUUACUCAAUCAAAGAUUUUACCAACUAAGUUACCAUCACCUCCAACCGCGUACGAUCCAUUUUUAUUUUUUCUGUAAAUCAUUAAGAUACGAGUAACUUCACUGCAAUAACAGCAAAAGUAGGUUGCUGCGCAGGCUGGGAACCAAAGUUCCGUCAAAUUAAGAUUAAUUUUUUUAAAAUUAACUCGAAACAAGGUCAUUGUUUCUUGCUUGGAAAUGAUCAAAUGUAACCAAUCAUUUCCAAAAUGGUCUUCCCUACGCCUAUGAAUUUUAAGUACACUAAACAAAUGUUCUUUUUUUACUGCCCUUCCAUCUGACGUUUUACUGAACGUAGACAUGGCCCGAUGUUUAUUUUGCGAAUAUAUUACUGACUUCGAUUAUAAACCGAUUUUUAUUUUUAGUUGAAUUACGCGUUGUUUCAGGGUCUAAUUAACAUACACUUUACCAUGACUACGUCUACCACAUUUAUAGCUGAAGGACCGCUUAAAAAAUAAUUCAGCAGAAAAUAUACCCAUUGCUGAAACUUACUUAGGUCUGAGGAGUGCAUGCCAACAUAGAGUUAGCGGUAGGCCAACGUCAAGUGUUACCUAUGACGCCGCUUCUUUUUAUUACCCGCUUGCGGUCUCUUGUACUUUUUUCAGAAAGCCCUCUGACAAAAUAUGAGCGUGUUAUGAAAUUUUGCGAAACUAGUGUUUACGAUGGCAUGAUGCGGCUGAUACUCUGCCUUUAGCAAAAUCUCACGUAGUAAUUGAUGUCUACAAGAAACCACACCACCUGGUCGCUAUGAUCUACGGAAAUCACGAUUUUUACUUUGUUAGCAAAAUUCCGCCAAAUAUGAAGUACACUAGCACUAUGUAUACUGGCCGCGUUUCGGCAUCUGCCUCAGUCUAUAUUCAACCACGCACAACGCCAUAGCAUUAAUCAGCAAAAUAUAAAUUCGCGUUUCAAUUGUGUGGGUGGUACUAUUAGCACAAUUCCUGGAACUGCCAAACGUUUUGGUUGGCAGUAUCGACCGCCGGUCACGCAGGUAAUGGUUCAAAAUGAAUGGCACUGUCCUUUCAACUGAAAAACGUAUAUAGAAGAGAAAACAGGUCAGAUAAAUAAAUAGCUUCUUAAGGGCAAUGUACAGCUAACGUCCACCUUCGAACGAAUGAUUGCUGCGGGGGGAUGCGGCGGUUACAUAUGUCCCGCGUCAUAUGAUUGCGUCUUUUUUGUCCAUCAGACUCAUCUGAACAUAAUUUUAUGAUUCUAUAUGUCCUAUGCACUGCUAAGUUGAAUUAUCUACGUAGUUGGUUGUAGCCAACUUCAACUACGCAUGACACAUUUUCACAUUUUUUUGAAAAUGGUUGAGGUAUACGUAACGUCACUGUACUAUCUCUUAGGUCCGCCAAUAGAUCGAGGUCCUGUUAGGCAACCAAAAGUUCGGUCAAUAUGAAUUGAAUUAUUUUUAAUUAGCAGUAAACAAUGUAACAGGCCCUCGUCAUGCGAGUGACCAAGUCUGAUGCUAACAAAUUUUAAUUGAAUCAAGCGAAUUUGAUUUUCGCUGAACAUUCGUCUGACGUUUCGGUGAACGGAAAAUAGCCCAAUGUCAAUUUUGCGAAUAUUUCCCUGAUUUACAAUAUACCUUAUUUUUGAUUAUGUGUAAAACGGCACAUUUCUUAAAUUUCUGAUUGACAUGCACUCAAUUUCAAUUAUUUUCAUCACAUGUAGGCUUGAAAUGACGACAGAAAGUAAUUUAUUAGGCAAAAUAGUAAUUUAAGAGUUGCGAAAAUUCCCAUUAUAAAAUUCAAAAGGCAAUUUGGCAAGCACACGUAUGCUUUCCAUAAAUUUUCUUCAAGCCUGUACAUUUAUAUGGCUGUUGAAGUAAUGAAUUAAAAGAUACGGGCAAGUAGAUAAUUAAGCAGUAGCUCGGGUUUGGAGAGGGGAGGGGAGUGGGAGAGUAUAACACCACAGUUCCAGUCAGCGCCCGGGAGAAGGUUGGUCCCGGCGAAGAUAAUUACAUGCGGGUGGUUGGUUUGGUGGCUUUGUACCAUGGUAACUGCGGGACAUGUACAAAGUUCUUCUGUGCGCAUAGGACCGGUCGGCGUUGCCUGCUUGCAGCCGCCUCUGCCGUAGCCAACAAGCGCCGCCCAGGCAGUUUUGGAUAGCUUUAUGGGACCUUGUAAAUGACUCUGAAGUCCUCUCUGGCGUCUACUCGGUGGUCUGUGUGUAUCAUUUGCGCGAUGAUCCGCCUGUUGGUGUUCUUUAUUUGUUUCUUUUCUAACCAUACUGGAAGAUGUUGUUUUACUCUUUUGGAUAAACACCGGCUCAUCCGAGCAACAUAUUCUGCCCUACACGGAGCAGGUGAAUGAGUAGAUGCACACAGAGGUGGUUUGAGCUGGUAGUUUGUCCUUGCGUUCUCCGUAUAGGAUGGGAUUAGUAGAGAACAAUACACGGGUGUCAGCUGCUGGAAAGGUCUGUGAGACAGCUUGGGUAAGGCGUCUUCUUUAAAACUCACUUUGUGCAUUCCCUUGGAAUGGGACCUUGAUAAAAAGCCUUUUCUUUCUUGCCGUCAGUAUCGGGGGCUUUUGCGGUCUUUCGGCUAUGUUCUUAGCAAUGAAUCGAUUAGGAUACCCAUUUUGGCGAAAAAGGCUUUCGAUUAUCUUCCGCACUUUCUCAACGCUAUCAGCUUAGCAGCUUCUUCUUACUCCUUCUGUCAAGCAGCGGACUAAAUUAUGUUUAACGCUUAGCAGUACGAAACUCUCAAAAUGGGUGUAUUGUCCGGAUCACGUUUUCUUACGAUAGACGCUGCGUCGAAUGCUGCCGUCAGGUCUUAUACUCAGAAGCACAUCCAGAAAGGGAAGUGAACCGGACCGUUCUUCUUCCAUAGUGAAUUUUAUUGAUGGGUGCGCCUGAUUUAUGUCAUCCACUGGAGUUGAGAUGUCACUUAGUUUCGGUGUGAUCGCGAAUAUAUCAUCCAUGUACCACCCAUAGUAUCUUAAGCCGUUGAUCUGGUGACGUAGCUGGAAAGCUUCUAACUUUCCCAUGAAUAUAUUUGCCAAAAGCGGGCCAAGGGGCGUGCCCAUUGCUACGCCGUCCAUCUGCCUAUAUAGAUUGUUGUCGAAUAGGAACUGCGCGUUCAAGGUACACCUUAAUUACAAUUCCUUGAGGGCAUUCACUGGCAUUCCUAUAUCAUGCUGAUUGUCGGUAAUGUAAUCGCAAAGGUAGUUGACCGUUUCUGUUACCGGUACGUUCGUUAAAAGGGACGAGGCAUCCAAUGAAAACAUGACCAUUUCGUUCAGAUCGAAGUCUUUCAAGCCGUUAAUGAAUUCAAAAGUAUCUCGAUAGCUAUGUGGCGCUAGUUGAUACUGCAGAGGCUUAAGUUUCUCCGCCAGCCACUUCGCUAUUGCAUGGUACGGCGAGUUCCGCAUAUCGAGGAUUGAACGCACGGGUACGCCAUCUUUGUGGAUCUUCGGCAAACAGUAUAUUAGAGGUAUCUGCGUACCGACGGGUCGGAAGCGCUCUACGUCGUGUUCGCUUAUGCAACCAUCGGCCUGAAUUCUUUUUAAGCAGUCAGUCAGUUGUGCUUUAAUCUCAUCUGUACAGUCCAUCUCCUUCUCUGUCUUUCGAAACUUUUCCUGAUCCGACAGAAUUGACUGUAUUUUCGUAAUAUAGUCUCCCCUGUCCAUCAAAACGACGCCGGUUUCCUUAUCUGGCCUAGUAAUCAGAGCGUCGCUGUUCUGCCGUAGCUGCUUUAACUUCUCAAUUUGUGACUUCGUCAGCAAGCCCCUAUAUGUCUGACUACUGUUCAGGUAUUAAUAAGAACAAUUGACUUACGUAGACUUCAGAUGUUGUACGCGCUCUGUCAAAACUGGCUGAAGGUCAUGUGUUUGAUUCAAGAGGUUCUCAAAUUGUGCCUCUAACUCUAGCUGGUUGGGUUUCUGGCGAGGACAGCAAAACUUAGGACCCAAUGAUAAGGCUCCAACCGAUGUUUUGUCGAGAAAUAUGGACGAAUAACUGUAUACGUACCGACUUGAAUCUUCAGGAAUCUUAGAUUGUGGUUUGCCCUCAUGAAUACUCCGAAGAAGGGAAGCUCUCUUAAUUUCACCACGUUUGUCCGAAAUGGACUGCACAUAAUUCUCGAAUUCCUGUCGGUCGUCUUCGCCAAGUUGAUCGAGUAUGGCUGCCCGUUGAUACACGUGACGCCUCAGCUAUUCCACCUUUACACGCGUGCUCUCUAAUUCAUUUUCGGCGUAUCUUCUCAAGUUAUCACAGGUUCAUUACUUCAAAGCCAUAUAAAUGUACAGGCCUGAAGAGAAUUUAUCGAAAGCAGAUGUGUGCUCGUCAAAUUGUCCUUUGAUAAUAGUAACUGUCAAAUUUUUAUUCGAAUGUCUGUAGACGGCAUGGCUGUCGGAAAUUUGCAGUUAAACAAGGUCCACUUUUGACUUUGACUGUUAUUUAAAUCACCUCGUACGAUCGCGCUUUACCUUCAGAAUAUCGUCUGGUAAAUUCUAAUUGCUCAGUAAUAGUUUUUUGGAUCAAUUUAAUCGACGAGACAGUGAGGUCCUUAGUGUAGCUGUGAACAUUGCCCUCAUAAUAUAUGAUUGUAAAAAAGCGUCAAAAAGUUUGGAAAUCAUGGUUCACUAAUUAGCCAGAAGUUUCGUUAGUUUUAAUGCAAAAAUGCUCGGUGCUUCGUCUGAGACUGUAGUGAACGUAACUGUUCUUUGACUUGCGUAUACACGUAAUAUAUGAAGCUAGUUCAUUUAUUUAAUGGACUUGCAUAUUUUCUUUAUAUGUUUACAAGUAGGAAAAUAUUAUUUAAAUAUGUAGCUCAUGAGUUAAUUUACGAAAUUGCCACCAAAACACGAGGGAUAACUAACUCUGAACAUUUGAAUUAGAUUUAUUAUGGUCUGUGUUCUGUCUACGGCCAGAUUAUUAAUUUAGACCCGUUAAUCCACGCUGAUUUGAAACCUUUGAAUUAGUAGUGCGGAUUACAUCACUUUUCGAGGAACCAUCGCCCUAAUCUCGUCAUUUAAAUGGAUAUGGCCAUGAGGUAAAUAGUCUACUAACCAGAACUGGAUGUAAUUUAUUUGGAAGUCCACUUCUAUUAGCUAUUUGGCAGGAAAUAACUGUAGUAUACGUGGGUUAAAUUUGCCUAAACCGAUGAAGAAUAUUUUGAUCUAGGGUAUAGCAAUAGCCUCGCACAUGACAUAAAUGUCUCAUUCGGAUUACUUUCAGCGGUGGCACAAUUCUUCACCGAACUCGUGAUCUCAAUGCUGAUAACGCUCCCAUUUGGUGCUGUUAUCCUUGUAAGUUUGUAAUUCGUCUGUUUCGAAUUUAAUAAAUGCAUAAUAACUUAAAUGUCAUACAAACGUCAGCGAUGCUUUAGGCAUCUGCUGGUUCCAUGAGUCAACCUUAACUCGUUUUUUCAUUGCCCUUUUACGUUCAUUUUCAACCAUCGGGAGAAUUUAGGUGUUUCGAGGCUUUACAAUUAGAUUAUGUGCUCUCUCGCCAGAGUAUGCCAGCAUUGUCUGUGCCCAUCCAAACCAUAGCACUCCAUUAUAACUGUGUUCUGUCUUUCAGACAUUUGCAACGUCGUUUAAUGCGGAUCGUACUUCACGACAGCAGCAUUUUACAUCUUUUAUUACGGAAUUGGAACACCUGGCUAAAUUUGCAUUUCGUCUAAAGUAGGGGAUUUUAAAUACAUACAUUGGUUACAUCUAUUUGGGGUCGACAAUGGACGAUUAAGCAUUGCACAACUAGAAACACAUUUCGUUGUCAUUAAUCAUUAUCUACAUUGAUGACUUUGUCAAGGGCUUUCAAGAAGAUUCAAUGCACCGUAACGAACUCCAGGCAGCAUAUAUUAUUUUGAUAAAACAGGUUUUAUUCCACCGAUUCUUCAGGCACAAAAAUUGUGCUCACAAUAUUUUGGCCUCAGAAAUUUUUUAGGACAUGUAUGCCACUGCGCGAGAGCCUAAGGUUUUGCCUUUUAGUAGUCACUUUUUUCACCAUAACUAAAACCUACACUUGCAAACCGGACAGUGUAGUGACGCUAGAAGACAUGGCAAAUAGCAGACUGACUGUCCACCGCUGCCUCACGAAAAGGCUCCAACAGAGGAACGGGCACGUCAACUUGAGUACUGGAAUGCAGUCAUGAACUUCAUUUAAUUCGCUUCAUCUGCCCAAAGUGUCAAGACGACUGGAGGUGCGAUUUGGCCCCUUUCCAUUACGACCUGAUAGUGUCAGCCACGUCUGGAAUAACCAGUUGUUUUUAAUUGGUUCUUAUGCGAUAGUUAUAUUUCAACUUCAUCUUCUGAUGUAAUAUCUAUGGACAUAAUCUGCAAGACAAACUACUUCCAACUAUUCCUAACAGCGUACAUAAGUGCGCACAUAUCUAUUAUGUUUGGCUAUACGCCUAAAGUCAGCCAGUCACCUUUGGAGUUCCACGUUUAUUUUCUGUUUCUUUACAGUUCCCAACAACUUGGCUUUUGGUCCACUUCAUUCACCAACAAUUGGAAAUCAAACCGAGCUUGACAAAUAGUAAAAAACCUCUGAUCGCUGCAGACUGA